GGGGAAAGAAGAGAGCGGGGAGUCUCCUCUGCCACAGAGAUACAUUAGGUACCAAACUCCCUCGCUUGUUGCUUUGCAGUGAUUUUUUUCUCUGCUUCAAAAAUCCCCCCCGGGGGCUUCUUGCUGGUCAAGAAUGAAUCAGACGUACAUACAGGCCAGUUAGCGGGGGUAUUAACAAGUCUAAGGAGGGGGAUUACUGGAGUUAGAAAGAGGAAAACAUGCUAUCAGGUUUCCACCUUCAUCGUUUUUUGUUCCUUUUUUUUCUUUUUUUUUUGUAGCAGACAUUCUUUUCCCGAUAUGGACUGAACCUGUUGCACCUGACACUCACUGACCUGGAGGAGAGGAAGCUGGUGGAGUUUUACACAGCAUUUACAGAUAGAUAAAGUGGAUUAAGGAUGGAAGAGGCUGCACCGGACAAGAUGACCAGCCAGCAGGCUCUCUGUGACGCCCCCGAUCAGAAGACCAGAAAAUGCCCCGGAAUAUCCACUCUCAAAUUGUUCAUUGUGGCACUCUCCUUCGCCUACUUCUCCAAGGUCCUGACAGGGACCUACAUGAAGAGCUCCAUCACUCAGAUCGAGAGACGCUUUGACCUCUCCAGCACACACAUUGGGCUCAUAGAUGGCAGCUUUGAAAUGGGCAACUUGUUGUUUCUGGCUGUGGUGAGCCAUUUUGGGGCUAAGCUGCAUCGGCCGAGGCUCAUUGCUGUCGGUUGUUUCCUCAUGGCUGUAGGGACCUUUCUUACCGGACUGACACACUUCUUCAUGGGGCGCUACAAGUAUGACACGGUCAUUCAGGCGUUUCAGAAUGACAGUGUGAGCAUUGCUGCCUGUGUGGAUCCCCUGAAAACACUAGACAUACCAGAAAUCCAUAUAGAGCCCUCUGUGGAAGACUCCAAAGCCUGUGCCAGAGAGUCUGGCUCCCACAUGUGGAUCUAUGUUUUCCUGGGGAAUGCUUUGCGGGGCAUUGGAGAAACCCCACUCACGCCUCUGGGCAUCUCCUACAUCGAUGACUUUGCUAGAGCUGAAAACUCUCCCUUCUAUAUAGCUUGUCUUCAGACUAUCACCCUCCUGGGCCCUAUGUUUGGAUUCCUCCUGGGCUCCUAUUGUGCCAGGCUAUAUGUUGACAUUGGAUAUGUUGAUAUGGAAAGUGUGACUAUCACUCCAAAGGAUGCCCGCUGGGUAGGUGCCUGGUGGUUGGGCUUCAUGGUGUCCUCAGUCCUCCUGAUCGUCUCCAGCAUUCCCUUCUGGUUCCUGCCUCGGUCACUGCCCAAGCAGGGAGGUGAAGAGAUCAAGCCAGCUCCUGCCAAGGAGAUACCGGAUGGGUCAGGGGACGCACUCAACAAACACCAAAACCUCAAGCUGACUGAAAUUGCUAAAGGGUUCCUUCCGUCCUUGAAGCGCCUUCUGGGAACUCCUUCUUACUUCCUGCUUAUCUGUGGGAGUAUCCUGAAGUUCAACUCCUUCAUCGGCCUGUUAACCUUCAAAGCCAAAUACAUGGAGCAGCAGUUUGGACAGUCUGCAUCCAGAGCUAACUUCCUCAUAGGUGUUCUAAACCUGCCGGCAGUGGCGGUAGGGAUCUUCCUGGGCGGACUGCUGAUGAAGAGGUAUAAGCUCAGUGUGGUGUCCGGAGCUCAGCUCUCCUUUGCCACAUCCUUUAUGGCGUACCUACUGAUGCUGCUGCAGUUUGGCACCAAGUGUGAGAACAUACCCAUAGCCGGGCUCACCGUCUCAUACAACGGGACACAGAAUGUAUCAUACGACAGAGAUAUGGUCUUCUCCGAGUGUAACAGAGACUGCUCGUGCUCAGCAGAGGAGUGGGACCCGGUCUGCUCAGACAGCGGCAUCACUUACACCUCGCCAUGUUUGGCUGGCUGCCUCGGCUCCAGUGGACACGGCAAGAGCACAGUGUUUCACAACUGCAGCUGUGUGUCCGUGUACUAUCCGGCAGGCGGCAGCACGUCGGUGAAGCUGGGCCAGUGCCCACAUGGCAAGGACUGCGGCCGCAGUUUCACAUCCUACAUGGCUGUGUCUGUCCUCAGCUCCUUCAUUAACUCCCUGGGAGCCACGCCUGGAUACAUGGUCAUCAUACGAUGCAUCUCACCAGAGCUCAAAUCCCUUGCGCUGGGUAUCCAGGCCUUAGUGACUAGGACUCUUGGUGGAAUUCCUGCACCUGUGUAUUUCGGAGCCCUGAUCGAUUCAACUUGUCUAAAGUGGUCGAUCAAGAAGUGUGGAGGCAGAGGGGCCUGUCGCAUUUACGACUCUGAUAUGUACAGGAUCAUUUUCUUGGGCCUGAUCACUUGUCUCAGUGGUACUUCCUAUUUCUUCAUCAUUGCCGUCAUCAUACUCCUCAGGCGACAGUUUCGGAAGCCGGGUCAAGAGACGCAGCAGGAGCAGAAACCUCAAGCCUUGAAGGAAAUUCAACUUCAGACCCCAGCGAAACCAACUGAGGACACUAGUGUUAGUCCCAAAGCUCCCAAGCUGACUCACGCCUCAAAGGUUUGGGUGAGGACUGCGUCGGAUUUGAAGGAAGGAGGAGAGAUUCACAGAGUAGAGCCCCUCUCUCAAGAUGACGGACUCGUGUCGGCAAGAGAUGCACAGGAACCUAAGUCCCUGACAGAGAUCACGGUUGAAGUCAAUAGUCUUUCUUCCGAUGGGGCGAACAUAGAGAUGGUUUGUACGGAAACAGCUGCUCAAGAGGAAAAAGAGGAGAUGGACUCUCACACAGAUGACGAGAAGACGUUAGAGAAAGAGAGUCAGCAAAAAAGCUGAUAAAGUUCACUAAAGUGAUCUCAAACACAGGAUCGAACUGGGCCAACUGGAACUUUCGUAAUUACCGAGCUUGCCCAGGGCCAUCACAUCUACUCGUCAAGAGCAAAUGCUAUGAUAAAAGCAUUUCCUCUUCUCUUUUAUUAUGGGUGAGAGCUAUUAUUUUACACUAAGUCCUGAGGAGGGACAACUCUACUAGUAACCCUGUUUCCGAAGCUUGGAAACAUAGUACAGUGUAAAUAUGGACCCACUGAUCAAUAAUUCAAAUGAUUUUAGUCAUGUAUGCAUAUGAUUACGCUGCAGGUCUCCAUGAACACAAUAGAGUAAAUUUCCUGGACAAAAAUCAAUGUUUGUGCCAAUAAAUGAGUGAUACCA